UUCCCUUACCCCGCUGACGCAGCCGCUGGUUGGGCUGCUGCAAUUCUCGUUAGGCGACAUGGCCGCUCAGAAAAUCAACGAAGGCUUGGAGCACAUCGCUAAGGCGGAGAAAUAUCUGAAAACUGGAUUUUUAAAAUGGAAACCAGACUAUGAUAGUGCAGCUACCGAAUAUUCAAAGGCUGCUGUUGCUUUUAAAAAUGCCAAACAAUUUGAUCAGGCAAAAGAAGCAUAUUUGAAAGAAGCUAUCUCCCAUGAAAACAAUAAAGCUCUUUUCCAUGCUGCCAAGGCUUAUGAACAAGCGGGUAUGAUGUUAAAGGAAAUGCAAAAACAUUAUGAAGCAAUAGAACUGAUAGAGAAAGCCAGUAUGAUGUAUCUGGAGAACGGGACACCGGACACAGCAGCUAUAGCGCUAGAUCGGGCUGGGAAGGUAAUAGAAAAUAUAGAUCCAAGCAAGGCCAUUCAGCUAUAUCAGCAGACGGCAUCAGUGUUUGAAAAUGAAGAACGUUUACGACAGUCAGUUGAAAUGUAUGGAAAAGCUUCAAGACUUCUGGUCAGAGGUCGGAGGCUGGAUGAAGCCGCAGCUUCUUUGCAGAAGGAAAAGAGUAUUUAUAAAGAUAUUGAAAACUACCCAACAUGUUACAAGAAAACUAUUGCUCAAGUCUUGGUUCAUCUUCACAGAAACGACUACGUUGCUGCAGAAAAAUGUGUCAGGGAAAGCUACAGCAUACCAGGCUUCAGAGAAAGUGAAGACUGUGCAGCCCUAGAGCAGCUACUAGAAGGGUUUGAUCAGCAGGACCAGGAUCAAGUGUGUGAUGUCUGCAAUUCACCACUCUUUAAGUACAUGGACAAUGAUUAUGCCAAGCUUGGUCUCUCCCUGGGUGUCCCCGGAGGAGGUAUAAAGAAGAAGUCCCCAGUUGCUUCACAGGGCAAAGCAGAAGGACAAGGAGUAGCAUCUUCCCGUGAAAAUGAAGACGAUGAUGAAUACGCAGGUGGACUUUGCUAACUCCAAUUCGCUA